AUGAGUGACCGCAAUCUCGCCAGGGUCAGCACCAGCAACCUCAAUGGCCUGUUUGGGGUGUGGGUCAACGAGGUGCAGGGCCUCGAGGCGUCUGUCGUGGGGGUGUGGCUGUCCAGGCAGAAGGACGGCUUCAUCGGUCUUGUCGCCCCUCACCUCCGUGAUGCCUUUGGCAUCUUGUGGGACGAUACGACCACCACAUUGCUGAGUAAGCUGGAGCACAGCCAUCGAGCGGAGGUGCGGGUCCAAGUUACCUCGUCGCAAGGUACUGGAGAGAGAGCUGCAGGGGGAGCGGGGAGGCAUCGAAGAGCCGCUUCGUUUGUGCAUGCAGGGUCUGGCAGGGACGUGCUGUAUGCCAGCGCCAUUCGAGACCACUCGGGCGACUGGGACGUCAAGAUAGCCGCAGCUGCACUGGCACCCAUCCCGGGCUCAACCACCAUCCCAGCCAUGACGACGAUGACCACCACGCACGAGGCCAUCCUUUUCUACGAAUCGUGCGAGACGCAGGUCCACAGGGAGGCGCACAGCACGCCCCUCUCUCCCGAGGAGAUCCAGGCGUUCAUGACAACGGUGGCUGGCGGUGCUGCGCAAAAUCAAGACGACGGGAAUGACCUGGGGGAGACGGGGGAAUAGAUGUCGUGUGUUUGGUUGUGAUUUGCAAGUCAGCUCUUCAGACACAUGUGACGGCGGAUGAUGCACGAGAAAGUUGGACCACACAUACGUGAGGGCUGGGUGACAGCCCGCCGAUUUUUUCACGCCGACAACGUCGGAUGCGUGAGUGAGUGUGGCUGGUGGCAGUAGACUUGUUGGUUGCGAUGCGUGGAA